AUGAACGAUUUAAAUGCUAUUCAUGAACAUGCCAAAUUUGGAGUUAACAAAUUCAGUGACUUGACGAGCGAAGAAUUCACGAGGAGACACUCCUGCUUACAAGUUCCCAAUAACUAUACAAGUAAUUGUAAUCAAGUAAAAAGGGUCAGAAAUGAAAACAAUGUAUUGGAAAUUCCGCCAGAAUUUGACUGGCGUACAAAGAAUGUCGUAACAGAAGUCAAGGAUCAAGGAAGUUGUGGAUCUUGUUGGGCUUUCAGUGCCACGGGUAACGUAGAAAGCAUAAACGCUAUAAAAACGGGACAGUUGAUAGAAUUGUCGCAACAACAACUAGUGGAUUGUGAUCAAUUAGACCAAGGAUGCAAUGGGGGCUUACCAGAACACGCUUUACAGUAUUUUAUAAGUAAAGGUGCAAUUUCAUCCGCGAGCUACCCAUAUACUGGCAUAGGGGGUAGCUGCAAUUACGACGCCAGUCAAGUAGUCGUUAAAAUUACAGAUUGCAUAAAGAUCGACGAGAAUGAGGAUGUCAUGGCUGAACAGUUGGUUCAGAUUGGACCACUUGCGAUAGCUAUUGAUUCGUCUAGUUUACAUAGUCAUAUCGACGGGAUUCUACACGGAGCAAGUUGCGAAAAGACUCAGGUCGACCAUGCUGUACUUCUAGUUGGUUAUGGAACCGAUAGUGCCACUGGCCUACCUUACUGGUUGAUAAAGAACUCAUGGGGAACAGAAAACUUUGGAGACCAAGGCUACUUCAGGAUGCAGAGAGGAGUGAAUUGUCUCAACAUCCUCAAAGUAGGCGGAGUCUCUGGUGUUAUUGGCUGAUGUUGAAGUGGUUAAUCCAUUUAGUCAAGCUACGCUCCUUUGUUAGAAGGAUUGUAUCGAAGUUGU